UUCAUCAAGCAGGUGUCUUUCUCAGUGGGACUGUUUACGCACAGGAGCUGGUGAGAAGAAGGAAUUUACAGAGCUUACAGUGUUCAUUUCUUUCUUUCCCUCCUCAUCAAGGUGGGCUUUAUUAUUAGUAGUCGUUUUGGAUGUUGGCAAACAUGGUGUCCAAGCUGACAUCUUUGCAGCAGGAGCUUUUAAGCGCCCUUUUAGACUCCGGAGUUACCCGAGAUGUUUUGAUCCAAGCGCUGGACGACAUGGAGCCGAACCCGGCCAGCUAUGGAGUUAAACUGGAGAACUUGCACAUGUCGCCUCCGGGGUCUAAAACCAACGGCAGGGACGUGGAGACCAAGCCGGUGUUCCACACACUGACCAACGGUCACAGUAAAGGGAAAUUGUCCGGGGACGAAGGCUCGGAAGACGGAGACGAUUACGACACGCCGCCGAUCCUGAAGGAGCUCCAGUCUCUCAACACCGAGGAAGCGGCCGAGCAGCGCGCUGAGGUGGACCGCAUGCUGGCUGAGGAUCCAUGGCGAGCCGCACGUAUGAUCAAGGCCUACAUGCAGCAGCAUAACAUUCCUCAGCGCGAGGUGGUCGACGUCACCGGUCUCAAUCAGUCCCACCUCUCUCAGCACCUGAACAAGGGCACGCCCAUGAAGACGCAGAAACGUGCGGCCCUUUACACCUGGUACGUCAGGAAGCAGCGCGAGAUCCUGCGACAAUUCAACCAAGCAACGCAUGGGUCAGCUAGCAGUAUGACAGACAAAAGCAGUCAGGAUCAGGUGCUGCUUCUUUUCCCCGAGUUUAGUCAGCCUGGGUUGGGCAUGGUGCAACCUGGAGAUGAUGCUAGCACUGAACCUGCCCUCAAGAAACUCAGACGCAACCGCUUCAAGUGGGGGCCUGCAUCCCAGCAGAUUCUUUACCAGGCCUAUGACCGUCAGAAGAACCCAAGCAAAGAAGAACGGGAAGCUCUGGUAGAAGAAUGCAAUCGGGCAGAGUGUCUUCAGAGAGGCGUAUCACCAUCUAAAGCCCAAGGGCUUGGUACCAAUUUAGUCACAGAGGUGCGCGUUUACAACUGGUUCGCCAAUCGGCGCAAAGAGGAAGCCUUCAGGCAAAAGCUGGCUAUGGAUGCCUAUGGAGGGCAAAGCAUCAAUCCCCUCCUCACACACAGCUCACCACACCAUUCCCAGGCCAGCACCUCUCCACCCAGCAAGAUGCAAGCUGUCAGGUACAACCAGGGUCCCAGUGAUGUCAGCUCCUCCAGCACUAUCAAUCACCACAGCAUGACGAGUAGCCAGUCCGUAUUGCAGCAGGUCUCUCCCGGAGCACUGGACCACAGCCAUGGCCUGCUGUCACCUGACGCCAAGAUGAUCUCAGUAUCAGGUGGAGGUCUUCCACCAGUUAGCACCUUGACCAACAUCCACAGCUCCCACCAUGGUCACCAACAAACACAAAACCUCAUUAUGCCUAUCUCAGGAGUCAUGGCCAUUGCACAGGGUCUGAGCACAUCACAGGCACAGACAGUGCCAGUAAUCAACAGUGUGGCAGGAAGCCUGGCCACUUUACAGCCUGUACAGUUCUCACAGCAGCUGCAUAGCUCUCACCAACAGAGCCUCAUGCAACAGUCUCACAGCCAUAUGAGCCAACAGCCCUUCAUGGCCACCGUCACACACUCACAUAUGUACCCACACAAGCAGGAGCCACCACAGUAUUCCCACCCGUCACGCUUUCCGUCCACCAUGGUAGUAACAGACAACAACAGCCUCAGUACCCUCAGCUCAAUGUCCUCCACCAAACAGGAAGCUCCUGUAAACAAGAUGGUGCAACUGGGGGGUCUCAACUGGUGUCCUCUGCAAGCCUGGUGAAAAUAUCCACCUGACUUCCCCAAUGCCUAGCAACAGGAGCACAUUUCUCCGGCUCUCUCCCUGCCGUAUCUGUGGCAACUCUUAAUCACUGGCAACAGUGCACUGGAAGAUGAGCUGGUCACUAAUGUAGGGACUGAAAAAACAGAGGAGAGAAGAGACUCUGACUUGGUCAUAUCUUAACAUGGAAAGAUAGGUGGAUCACCUGGAAAUUACUGGUUUCCAAAAACCUUUGUAAUGGCGUUUUGCUUCCACCCACUGAAAAAGAGGAUGAACCUGACAUCUUUUAAGAACAAAUGGAAAUGGAGUGACAGUGUUAAACUGGCUCACAGGGUUGCCAGAUACAAAAGGAUAACAAUUCCUAGCCAAGCUGACUUUUUAAUGAACACUUCUUAUCAUCCCAUCCUUGGACUGUCAGUCUAAAGCCCCCUCACAGUAGACACAGAUAGACAUAGCUCACUUAGACAUAGAUGUUGUGUAAUCGGUUUGUGAAUGAAAUGACAAUCAUCUUAUAUAUUUUCAUUUAUGUCAGGUCUUUUUUGAGUAUUGUCGGAUUUUCCUGCAUAUACAUGCAGCGGGUCUUCCAUUUGCGUGCUUAAUACGAGUAGUCACUGUUCUGUACAAUUGUAAAUAUGAAUGAUAAUUAUCUUAUGUCUUAAAAGGUGUACAUAUUUCAGGUCCAUAUCAUUGUUUUGGCAACAAACUGUGAUUUAAAAAAUGACAAUCUUUAGAACAGAAAGGACUAUGCAACGUUCUGAAUGGCACAAAAUAUAGUGGGAUUAGCCCAUUUUCUGCAGGUUUAUAAACAUUUACAACAGAAAAACAACAGGACAGUAGUUUGUCACAGCCAAGCUGCAGGAUAUUGCACUCUUUGUUCAUUUUUUCCAUUUUGGUAUAGCAUAAAAACCAUAACAGCAUGUCAUUUUUCUGUUAAUAUAGAUAUUAGUAAAUGUAUCUCAGACAGGAGCCUCUUGCUGUACUAGAAUGGUGGUUGAGAGGUUGAUAACUGUGAGUAACUGUAAGUUUUUCUGUCAUCACGACAUCGUAGACAAACAGUAUUACCCAAUUUUGCAACUCUGACGUACACAUAAUAUGAUGUGGUAACCUUCCAACACCAGACAUCACAUGAAUUAUAUUUUACUGCUAGAUAGGAAAAAGAGGAAAAUGUUAUUUUGUUGGUUUGCUUUUCUCUUUUAAAUGAACCAUACUUUCCAAAAGGUCAUUUAAGGUAAAAAAAAAAAUAACAAAAACUCAAAUUGCUUUUAUUGAGCAUACGCCACAUGGUUACAACAUCAUUCUCAACAUAUACCGUGAGAUUUGUUUCUCAGUCUUGUAUUAUUUUUGUAUAAAAUGAAAAUCAAUCUUUUAAAAAUCAUUAUUUAUACUGUGAGAAAAAAAAAAUGAUGAUGUCUCAAGUAAAGGCUCUUUCCAAGA